CCUCCGUCGCCUAGCUACAACCACUACAGCGAGCGACCGUGUCACAUUGAUAAUAUUCUGUAAACUCAGGUAGUUGAAUAACUGUCCGAGAGAGGAGGAUGUUCGUGUGUGUUCGUCUAGUGAUGGUGACAGCGCUUGUCUUAGCGGCGGAGAUGAUGGAGAACGACCCAAGGAAAGACUCGAGCAUCCAGCUAGACCACUCUGCAGCAGAGUCGCUGCACAAACCUUCUCCAGGUUCACAGUCACUGCAUGUUUUACACAUUGUCGCCAGGAACUCGAUGGCAGAUAACAGGAUUCAACCAUCCAUCAUAGAUUCUGAGAAAUUUGAUGACCAUAAGGAUAUGUUCAUUCCUGUUGUGCCUCCAGUAAAUAACACACUCAACAAAACAGAGGAUCAUGUCCCAUUGGAUGUCGUCAAUCCUUCGUUGACGGAUUCUUCCGAGAAGACCGCAGGGAAAGAGACUCAAAUCUCUAACAAGCUCAAGUCGCUGCACAAACCUCCUCCUGACUCACGAUCAUUGCACGUUUUGCACAUUGUCGCCAGGAACUCGAUGGCAGAUAACAGGAUUCAACCAUUCAUCAUAGAUUCUGAGAAAUUUGAUGACCAUAAGGAUAUGUUCAUUCCUGUUGUGCCUCCAGUAAAUAACACACUCAACAAAACAGAGGAUCAUGUCCCAUUGGAUGUCGUCAAUCCUUCGUUGACGGAUUCUUCCGAGAAGACCACAGGGAAAGAGACUCAAAUCUCUAACAAGCUCAGUUCACCUGACAGCAGUAAUCUGAAGGCAGAUAUCACAGGUCGUAACACAGCCAACACUGCUGACACGCUCUCAUACCCAGGUUGUGGAAUCUCUACAGUCAGUCCCAACAGAAUCAUUAAAGGAUCAAUUGCUGCGCAAUACGAAUUUCCUUGGCAGGCAAGUUAA